AUGGUGUGGCCAGAGGAACCUCCAAAAGCAUCAUAUAUUCUGAAGAAUGUAAGUUGUGAUUCUAGACCAGGAGAGAUCAUAGCUAUUGCGGGUCCAAGUGGAGCAGGAAAGACAAAUUUGCUAGAAAUACUUGCGGGAAUGAUACCUCUAAAUAAUAUUGUAGGCCAAGUUCUUGUGAAUAAGCAACCAAUGAAUGCUCAAUAUUUUCGCCGAAUAUCAGGCUAUGUCACUCAAGAUGAAGCCCUCUUCCUACUCCUCACGGUAAAAGAGACGCUCAUGUACAGCACUCGUCUCAGGUUGCGCAGUGGGCUCGAGAAGGCCACUUCCAGAGUUGAAAAGUUGCUAGACGAGUUUGGACUUGAGCACAUUGCCAAU